UUCACUAAGCAGAAGUCUGAGCGGAGAAGAACGAAAUACCUCGGAGGUUUAACCCAAACACAACUACAAAUGGGCACCGUCGCCUAGCGUUUACCCAACCAAUACUUGCAUUUGGUGCUUUACCAUCAUCAGCACUUUCCACACUUAAAAGAUCUUCCAUCUUACCACACUGUUGACUCUUAGAGGACUGGAAAAAUGGCAGCAAUUCCAUCCACCGGUUCCCUCAUCGCCACUCAUGAUUACUACCGAAGGCGCAUUGGAUCUACUUCCAGCAAUAGUUCCUGUGGCAGUUCGGAGUACACUGGGGAGGUCAUUCCACACCCACCAGGUCUGGCACGGCAGGACUCUGGCCACUGGUGGUCCAGUUUCUUCUUUGGGAAGCAGAACCCAGCAGGAUUUGAAUCCCAGCAGAAGGCUGGUACCUACACAGUGACAAAUGGUCAGGUGACAUGUGUUGCCAAGGAGAUUGUGUUGAAGAGACAACUGAGUGAGAGAAAUGACUCCACGAAGGAGCCUGGAUCUCCCCUCCCCUCAUAAGCCACCCCCAAUCCGAUGCCACCCCCUUCUCCCCAUCCGGGAGUCACCGUGGGCAGAUGCAGGCGACGGAGGCUCCAUUUUUCUUUUUAGUAAAAAUUGGCUGUGUUUUUGUCAUUGUUUGUUUUUUUUUUUUUUUUGUUUGUUUUUUUUUUUACCAAAUCAAAGCUGUGUGUGUGUGUGUGUGUGUGUGUGUGUGUGUGUGUGUGUGUGUGUGUGUGUGUGUGUGUGUGUGUGUGUGUGUGUGUGUGUGUGUGUGUGUGUGUGUGUGUGUGUGUGUGUGUGUGUGUGUGUGUGUGUGUGUGUGUGUGUGUGUGUGUGUGUACAACUGGGGGGAGCGGUAGUGUAGCGGUUAGCGCGCUGCGCUACGAACCUGUUGACCUGAGUUUGAUUCCCGCUCAUGGCCAACACCAAUGACGAUUAUCUGAACCGGUCCCAGGCCUCCCCUAGGUCGACUCAGCCUAAAAUGAGUACCUCUCAUUUUAGGUGUGGUGUGUAAACAUCGCCACUGGGGAGACAAAGGCGGUUGGGCGUGGUGCUGGCCACCCACACCCUUGUGUACUGUUCCGGCCUUCAUAGGUGCUUGCUAACAGCACUUGCCCCUACAGUCUGUUAAGGCUAAAUGGGGGAUCUUUGUCUUUGUUGUUUUUGAACAACUGUAAUAUUUUGUGCACUUUGUGAUUGCAAUAUUUGCUAUUAAUAAAUGACUGACUGCAACCA